GGGAAGGUAUGAGACAUGGCUGUGUAUGCGUUUCAAAAGUCUAGCUAUGGUAUGAAGACGUAUAACGUUAACCGAAAGUGAUUGCCAUUUCAGAAGAAUCGGUAGUCAUGUGUUAGAUUUAGGGUUACAGGAAACAUUGUAGCUGCGUUUACCUCACUUUAUAUAUCAAGUGUCUUUACCUCGAACUGCCCUUCCGUGUUGUGUGUUACCGGAGAUAAAUAACUGCGGCGAUCAUAAAGGGUGACAUCGUAACUAACGUAUAACCACUACGAUUGAACAUUUGUCUGUAAAAAAAAAAAAAAAAAAAGUCAGUAGCCUGGGUUUAUCCCGGCAUGAAGAGGAAAGCUAAAACUAUGGGUGCAGCACACAGCUCUGGUUCAGCCUCAAGUCGCAAUGUGUCUUCAACUGCAGGACCGUCGGCCUCGCAUUCACAGGGACAUCUGUUCUCUGUUCCUCUGGAGAUCCUGGAGGAGAUUUUCCUGAAUCUUCCUCCCCAUCAGGUGGUUAGGAAUUGUCGGUUAGUGUGCCAUCAGUGGAAAGAAGUGGCUGACAGUGAAUCUCUGUGGAGAGAGAGAUGUAGAAGAGAAGGAUAUUGCCCCCACGAUGCUUCCAAAAUGCCCAAAGACUGGAGGUUGUUUCUCUUCUUGUGCAGGAAGAGAAGAAAUCUUCUCAAGAAUCCAAGAGGAGAAGAUGAAAUGAAGAACUGGCAAAUACUAGAGAACGGUGGUGAUAAAUGGCAAGCAGAAGGAAUUCAUGUACCACAUCCAAAUGAGACGGUCCAGAAAAACUUUGUGACCUCUUACGGAAUGUGCAGGAAGUCGCAGCUGAUUAAUUUGGAGGCAGAAGGUUAUAACCCAUCGUUCAUGGAUCUCUUCCAACCAGACAUCAAAAUAUCUGAUUGGUAUGCACCACGAUGGGAUUGUGGCAGUGAAUAUGAGAUCUGUGUGGAGUUGCUGAAUCAAAGAAAAAAGCCUAUCCAGAAGUUUGCACCUGAGACUGUUUACUUUGAGCAGUGGAACGAUCAGAAAUGGAAUCAGAUGACCUAUGUAUUCCAGAACUAUGGACCAGGAGUGAGAUACAUCCGUUUUAUCCACGGAGGCAAGGACACACAGUUCUGGGCAGGAUGGUAUGGAAUUCAUGUUACCGACAGCUGUGUUGAGAUAUGUCACAUAUAGCUCUAAGGGAUUCAUGUAAUGCUUGCUUCCUGCCUUUGCCUAAAAUUGCGAAAUUGCACCUUCUUCCACCCGCUUUUUCCCCCUUAUACAACGUGCAGUCAUUUUACAUGUUGAAGGAACGUGUCUAUGGGUAAAAGACUAUGAAUACACAUUUGUGGGUAUUCAUAGUGCUGUAGAGCAGAACUAAAGAUGUGUAACAUUUGUCCUAACACAAGUGGAGUUGAAAAUGUAAAAAAAAGUCUCUUCUAAAUUAUGCACAUCUUAGUUAAAAAAUAAAAUCACUCCAAGAGACCAUUUGAAAUAGUUAACAAAUAUAACUUAAACGCAAAUAUUAUCAUUAUUACCUUUCAUGGCAUGUGGAUAAUACUUUCUAAAAUGAGGUUCAUGUGUAAUUAUCAUAACAAAUGGGAAUCCACUCAUCCCAAAGAGCCUCAUAGACAUCUCUCUCUGCAGUGAGGUUUUGAGUUAUUUCAGUAUCAAAGAGUCCUUAUGGUCCCUGACAACGUAGUGCACUUUGUUACUUUGAAAACAGCCAUAUUACAAUCAGUUUCAGGUUUACAUAACAGUAUGUCGUCUUCAAUUAUUCAACAUUCUUCAUAUUGAAUGUAAAACAUACACUGGGUCUAAAUUAAACUGUUUUUCUGUGAAGUGUCUUUGUAUGCCAACUAGUCAUGGAAAAUGCUAGGACAAGAUGCCAUAUGAAGUAUCAUGGCAGCUUUGCAGAACAGAAUUAACUUUCUGGCUCUGAUGUUUACGUGAUAACACAUGAAGUUGUAUGAAGGCAUUAGUGGGUGCAGAAUGACUGCUGCAAUGCAA